AUGAGUACAAACGAAGACCAACCAGAACAACAGCGUGCCGAUUCUCCCACUGUCGAGGAAGUGGAACGGCCGCCGGGUGCUGGCGAGGUAGCCGAACAUGAGAUUGUUAAAAUGGAGGACGUCAUUACGAUCGAUCCGGAAACGACCGAGGUUGAUCUGAAUCAUGGGCGCAUCGGAAAGAUCGAGAACCUUGAACCGCUUACAAAGCUUGAACGACUCUAUCUACGAUGGAAUUUGAUAAAAAAGAUUGAAAAUCUAGACCAUCUUACAUCCCUGAUCGAGCUGGAGCUGUACGACAAUCAGAUAACGGAGCUGGAAAAUCUGGAUCAACUUGUUAACCUGGAAAUGCUCGAUGUGAGCUUUAAUCGAUUGCAUCAGAUCAAGAACCUUUCCGCACUGACCAACCUGCGGAAGCUGUUCCUGUGCGCUAACCGCAUAUCAUUGAUCGAAAAUCUGGACCAUUUCACCAGCCUGACCAUGCUGGAGUUAGGCGAUAAUAAGAUAAGGAAAAUCGAAAACCUUGACAAUUUGACCAACCUGACCCACCUCUACUUGGGCAAGAACAAGAUAACGAAAAUUGAAAAUCUCGACCAGCUGGUCAAGCUGGAAUGUUUGAGUUUGCAGUGUAACCGGCUCACAAAGAUCGAAAAUUUAGAUAAACUGGUCAAUCUUACUGAGCUGUACCUGUCGGAAAAUGGUAUAGAGGCGAUUGAAAAUUUGGACCACAACAAACAGAUCGAAACACUCGAUCUGGCCAAAAAUCGGGUCAAGCGGAUCGAAAAUAUUGAACAUUUGGAGAUGCUGGAAGAAUUUUGGAUGAAUGAUAAUGGUGUAUCGGAAUGGACUUGUGUGGAUAAGUUGGCCAACAAUAAGCGGCUGGCGACGGUCUAUCUCGAGCGUAAUCCGGUAGCAAGCGAUGUAAACUAUCGACGAAAGCUAAAACUUGCCGUGCCUUGGUUGCAAAAGAUUGAUGCGACGUUGUGCCGUUAGUAAU